UUAUCCCAGUUUAUCAGAAAGAAUCCUCGGUGAGAACAUUUAUCUCUAAAUUGCUCACGCGUUUGGUCUCUUCUGGGCGCUAAAUAGGUGAACUGUAGAGGCGCACUAUACAAAGACAACAUCGAUUAUAAAAAUCCUUUUGGAGGCUCUAAAGUAAGUUUAAAACCUGGGUAAGUUGUACUCCGACUCAUUUUGUGAUGACAUGUCUCAAAAAUUAAUUUCGAAAAACCGAAUAAGCAUUUGAUAUUUCCUGACUGACUUGAAUCAAAGGCCUUUAGAGAGAACCAAACUCAGUUAAUUUGAACUAAGAGAAUAUUUGGUGGAAGGAUUUUUAAGCACCGCUUUUCAUAUUAAUAAUAUUUUUCACGUGUGGGCUUCAUUAAGAACGGUCCAUAAUUGUGCGAGUCUUAAUUUAAUGUUUUCUUGUUUCAAGAGGGAGUAGUACCUAAGUAGGUAUCUCGUAAUCCAACUAAAAUCAAAGACCUCUCGUACGAAUCAAGCUCAGAUAAUUUUAAUUAAGACAAUACUUGGUGGAAGGAUUUUCAAGCACCGCCAUUCAUAUUAAUGAUAUUUUUCACAUGUGGUCUUCAAUAAGAACGGUGUUUUUGGGGGCGAAACUGAUGCAAGAGACUCCCCAAACAUUGAUGGCUCUCUGUAAUCAGCCUCUAGUGCCUGUAUGCCUGAUAAAGAACGUUCAUCGGUGAAAAGCAAUUUCUUUUUCUCAAAGGGGAAUGUUUGCAUGACAUCCUUAAUAGAGCAGCUGCGAAGGUGACUAAAGAGACUGUUUGUUGUUAGAUGAUAUGACUGAAAUUGGAGAGAUCUCUAUAAGUUAUCGGGUGAGAAUGCUGACCCUUAAUAGUGGCUCUUGGCCUAAAAUAAUUCUGCAAUUUCUGGCUGCUAGCACGCAAUAGCUGUUAGCAUACUGUUAGUUGUUAAAUGAUGACUGAAAUUGGAGAGUUCUCUGGAAAUUAUCAGGUGAGAAUACCGACCCUCAAUAGUGGCUCUUUGCCAAAAAUAGUUACUCAUUUUCUUGCUGUUGAUACGCAACAGCUGUUAGCGCGCAAUAGCUCAUCAAAACGCAGGAAUCGCUCGUUUCUUGGAAAAAUCAGUUAGCUUGAAACCAGCAAGUAAGAGAUUAUGUGAGCAUAUGAUGGUGAGACCUUGAAAGCUAGACGAUCCAAAUUUUCUCAAUUUGCUAAGCUGUUUGUCUCUUCUUUCCUUAUUCAGAAACGUCUCCUUUACCAAUCUACAAAGUAUAGCAGGAUAAUUACAGGUAUUCCUUCCUUUAGUUCAUGCUUUGUCUAGCAUAAAGAGAGCUACUGUAUGUUAUUCAUGUAACCAGGAUAUUCUGUGCUACAAUAAGUUUAGAGUAAGUUUUGAAAAUGCAGUGAUGUUUUCGUUUUGAGCAAAAAUCUGAUAGAGAGAUAAUUUAGUUAAGAAAGAGAUUGAGAUCAUCUGGAGUCAAAAUUCAGUGCUGGUGUAAGGGCUUUCGCCUAAAACAGUCAUAAAUGCAUGAUUAUUAAGACAAGAAUUAAAGAAUUGUUGUUUCUCACUCUUCAAGUGCAAACUGUUGGCAAUAGAUGCUCUGCCGAUCUCAUACGAGCGUGCGCCUUGCUAUUUGGGUCUAUUUGACUGCAUGCCAUUAGGAAAUGAUAUUUGAAUCAUCAAACCAUCAUUUUGCCUUUUAAAGAUUGCUUAAAUUCGACUUGAUUACUCAGCGAAACUUCUCGAAACCCCAACAAUGUUGGAAAAAAUUUGUUUCAGUGACUUGAAUUGAAAAGUUGCUCUAAAGCAAGACUACGGAUAUGAAUGGAACUUUUUUCAUGGAAAAUACUUCAUUCCAUUCUUUAGUUAAUACCUCACGUGCAAGACUCAAUUUCCUUUUCCGUCGUAAAUUUGCCUUACAGACAAAAGGACUUGAUUAAUUCCAAGAAAUCUUGAGCUUCAUGUGUUUCUUAAAAUCGACAAACUGUACAGUUAUUUCGCUUUAGAGGAGUUUAGCAAUACUAAAAAAUGAGAAAGCUACCAUAUGCUAUUCAUAUGACCAGGAUAUUCUGUGCUACAAUUAGUUUAAAGUAAGUUUUGAAAAUGCAGUGAUGUUGUUUUGAGGAAAAAUCUGAUCGAGAGAUCAUUUUGCCAUGAAAGAGCUUGAGAUCAUCCGAAGUCAAAAUUUAAUGCUGCUGUAAGGGCUUUCGCCUAAUACAGUCAUAAAUGCAUAAUUAUUAAGACAAGAAUCAAAGAAUUGUUGAUUCUUCUUCUUCGACGUCAAACUGUCGGUAGUAGAUGCUCUGCCGAUCUCAAACGAGCGCGCCUUGCUAUUUGGGUCUAUUUGAAUGGAUGCCAGUAGGAAGGAAUAUUGGAAUACCACAACCUCCUUUUGCCUUCUUCAGAAUUCUUAAAUUCGACCUGUUUACUGAAAGAAACUAUUCGGAGACCUCAUCUAUUUUGCAUAAGAAUUGUUUAAGUGGCUUGUAUUGAAAAGUUGCACUAAAGCAAGACUACGGAUAUGAGUGGACCUUCUUUUAUGAAUAAUGCUUCAUUCCAUCCCUCAGGUAAAACCUCACGAGCAAGCUUCAAUUUCCUUUUCCGUUGUAAAUUUGCCUUGCAGAUAAAAGGACUUGAUUAGUUUACUAGAAAUCUUGAACUUAAUAUUUUUCUUAAAAUCGAGAAACUGCAGAAUUAUUUCCCUUUAGAGGAGUUAAGCAUUCCUAAAAAAUGGAAUCGGCCUACAGUUUGUUAAUCUGAUAGAGAGAUCAUUUUGUUAUGAAAGAGGUUGAGAUCAUCCGAAGUCAAAAUUCAGUACUGCUUUAGGGGCUUUUGCUUAAUACAGUUAUAAAUGCAUGAUUAUUAAGACGAGAAUUGAAAAAGAAUUGUUGAUUUACUCUUUGAAGUCAAACUGUUGGCAGUAGAUGCUCUGCCGAUCUCAUAAAAGUGUGCCUUGCUACUGAUUUAGGUCUAUGUGACUGCAUGCAAUUGGGACAUGAUAUCUGAAGAUCAAACCCCCAUUUUGCCUUCUUCAGAACUCUUAAAUUUGACCUAUUUACUGAACGAAACGAAUCGAGACCUCAACAAUUUUGCAGAAAAAUUGUUGAAGUGGCUGGUAUGGAAAAGUUGCUCUAAAGCAAGACUACGGAAAUUAAUGGACUAGUUCUUUUAUGGAAAAUGCUUCAUUACACUCGUCAGUUAAAACCUCACGAGCAAGCUUCAAUUUCCUUUUCCGUCGCAAAUAAUGCACUUGAUUAAUUACUAGAAUUCUUAGAGCCUAGUAUGUUCCUUAAAAUCGAGAAACUGCACAAUUAUCUCGCUUUAGAGGAGUUAAAAAAUAAGUUAGCCCGAAACUAGCAAGGAAAAGAUUAUGUAAGCAUAUGAUGGCGAGACCUAGAAAACUAGUCGAUAUCUAUAUAUUGUGAGUAGUAAUUCUAUAGAAGGCGAAGCUACACAUGUUGUCGAGAUGAAAGGGUGAGUGUAAAAUUAAACCCAGUCCCGCAGUGACUAAAUGGCAACCGGGCACAGUCUCAAAUAGACUAAAUGCCUGGCAUUCAAAAAUUUUUACGCAAUUUCCGCCGAAAGGUUCUUUCAAACUUCUCAAGAAUAUCAAAUGUUUAUUAAGGAGCUUGUACAUAUUAUAAUAUCGCUCGGUUGUCGACAACUUGGAAAUUCUACGCUUCUGAUCAGACUGCCGGGCACGGUCUUAAAUGGACUAAAUGCCCUGCAGUUAGAAAUAUUCACCAAAGGGCCACUGAAAAGUUUCUUCAAACUUCUUUAGGAGCAUCAGAUGUUUGUUGAGAAAUGUAAGGCGAUCCUAAAAAUUAAUUUUUUUUAGUGGGUGAAUUCUCCGAGCUUGUGCAUACUACAGUAUCGCUCGGUUGUCGACACUGAAAUUCUACCCAUCUGACCAGACUGCCGGGCACGGUCUCAAAUGGACUAAAUGCCCGGUAGUCAAAAAUUUUCAUCAAAAUGUCUCGAGAAAGGGACUUGCAAUACAACAAGAAAAUUACUUAUAAUGAAUGGGCGAUAUAAAGAGAAGCACAGGUAAUCAUUGUUGGAGUCCAGAGGAUUCGGGAACCAUGAGGCUCUCGAGCUAGCCCCUCGAAAAAAUUUCAAAAAAACUCAGUUUUUUUCGGGCCCUAAGGUCUUCUUAUUUUGCCUCAUAAUUGUCUGAUAAGCUGUUAACGAGUUGGUGGGUGAGGAUAUAGAAAACUUACAAAUCUCUCACAUCUCUCGUAAUUUUGUAUUAGUCAGCCUUGAAAUACUCUUGAAAUAAUAUCCAAUAGCGAUUAAUUCUUACCUUCAGCAAGCUCUACUGAGAGUGCUGACACAUCGUAUUGAAAUAGUAAAUAAGAAAUGGAAUUUGCGAGUACGGUUCAGCCCUACGAAGGACAACCGCGCUCAACGAACGAAGAUUUCGACAAAGACUGACAAACACGGUUUUUCGCCUGCGGUUUUUAGGUCAAACAGAAAAAAUACUCCCUUUACUGAAUGUUUUGUUCGUAGCGUUUGCGUUUUGUUUUCUGUGGCGAAAUCUAUGCAAAGAAUGGGUAGCUGUAUUCGUUUCUGUUGACAUAACAUAUUCAUUCGCACUAAGGAGCGGCGAAGGUUCCCCUUGAUAAGUGCUCUAGAAUUUCGUCGCUGUAGAAGCUGUAGAGUAAUUCCCUUUGCAAACUAAAAGCUAACUUUUGACGGCAGCAUCGCAAGAAUCAGCUGUAUCAGGGGACACAAUGAUUUUUCGCCGAGAAGUCAUCGGGCAGUUCUACUGCGUGUUGCUCUUUUCUCAGAGAUUGCAAAUGCAGAGGCUAUCGCCGUCGGGCCGGCCAAACGGGAAACGAGUGAGUUUACUGUCAACUGAAUCCAGUUUAUCUCAAAUAGGGCUUUUGAUAGAGAAAAACUUUAGUUUAAGUGCAGCAUUGCCACGUGACCCAUGUCGCUCUCUGGCAAAUAACUGACAUCAGCGUUGCAAAUGAAUAUUUCGUAUAUAUGCAUCGACUUUCACACAGUGCACAGAUUCGCUACCAUCUAAUUCGAUAAUAAUUGUGUUUCGCUAUUAAUAUCACUGCAGUGGUGUUAUCGCGAAGACAUUGCUAUUGUUGCUCCUCUUGGUUUCUCGAGGGCAGGGGGGAAUUAAUGGCUCGUGAGGUGGAUUUCCGGAAACCUAGGUUAGGAGAAUACAUAGGGCCUUCGAGCUUGUGUUUAUGCCAGUAUCCGCCAGGACUGCACUGUUUGCACUGUUCGCACUGUUCAGGAGCUCGGUCAGCCCAGAAAAGGGCUUGACCUUUACUACAAAUGAUUUAUUUCUGUUAUCAAAAUACGAUGGAUACUACAAUUGGUAGGACUUCAUACAAAGGGAAAAGCGCGAAUGUGGUCAUGUGGAAAGCCAAAGAUUAUAAGUACAUCUCAAACGCUUGCCAAAUGUCAGCCCAACAGAAUGAGGAACAAUCGUAUCCGGUUUGGGAACAGGCCACUGAAUUAGCAUUCUGUUUAGUUGAAUUUGUUGGCCAUCUUCCACCGGUUUGUCCAGUUAUGUGUGUUCGAAGUCUUCAGACUCGGGACGGAGGAAAAGGCCGACGACUUUGAAAAGUAAAAUUUCCUCGAUGUUCACGAUCGAAACGUGUCCAUUUUGGCCAUACAACUACAUCCUUUGGAAAGUAGUGUAUAGAAACACCCGUUGUUUUUGUGUUAUUACUGUACAUAACAUCAUUUUGCGCUCCGGGCACGCAAUACGUUUGUCCUUUCUCCUUGAUUUCUCCUUCCUUCACCAUAGUAGCGGACGUGUCUUUACAGUGUUCCGAGGAGAACUCGCCAAGCGCUAAGUUUGAUCAUUGCAGAUAUUAUAUAGAGGAUAUUACAUGGCCGUGCGGGGAAACGAAUUUUAUCUUCGAGUGCUGAAAGUAUCUCUCACGAGUGAAAGAUACUUUCAGCAAAAGAACCGGCCAUGCGCCUGAGCGGGAAGCUCUCUUGUAAUUGGCUAAUCAUGUUAGUAAUCAUGGCGACACCAAUAUCCUCACACGUGAAAGAUAGUUUGCUAAGCUGUUUGUCUCUUCUUUCCUUAUACAGAAAACGUCCCAUUACCAAUCCAUAAAGAAAAGCCGAACAAAAACAGGUAUUCCUUCCUCUUUCUCAAGCGUUGCCUAACAUGAAGAGAGCUACAGUAUGUUAAUCAUGUAAUCAGGAUAUCCCGUGCCGAAAUUAGUGUAUAAGCUUUUAAAAUGCAAUGAUGUUUUUGUUUUGAGCAAAUAUUUGACCCCAGAGGUCAUUUUGCGUAGGAGCUUGAGAUCAUCUACCACAAAAUUCAGUGCUGCUGUACGGUCCUUUCCCCUUCUGAAUGCAGCUAUAACUGUUUAAUUUUUAAUUGGAGAGUUGUUAAUUCUUGCUCUUGGAAGUCAAGCUACCGGUAAAAGAUUCCCUGCCGAUCUCACACGAGCGUACCUGUGUGAGUGGACGCGAUUAGGUAAUGAUAUUCGAAAAUCAAAGUCGGUGCAUGUUACCUUCUUCAGAAUUCUUUGAUUCUACCUGUUUACUGAACGCAACGAAUCGAAAACUUUUAAAAUUUCGUGUGUGUGUAGCAAUGAAAAGUUCCUCUAAAGCUUAACUAUGGUCAUGAAUGGACCUUCUCUUAAAGAUACUGUAUCAUUUUAUUCCUGGAUUAAAACAUCAAAGGCAAACUCCAGUGGACAUAAUGACUUGACUGAUUCCUAAAAAUGUCGACCUCAGCAAACAGCAAAUUAUUUUUCUCUAGAGGGGUUAGCAUUCCUAGAUGGAUUUGGCUUACAGUUCGUCUCUAACUUUUUUUUUUCCUUCCUGCUGGCUAAGGAAAUUAGCUUGUUGUCAGGGUUUCAACUGAUAUUUGGUAGCAUCAUUGUCAUAUGCAAAAUGUUCAGAGAUAUGUUUGCACGUCUCACCUGAUAUGCCCGAACGGGUCACUUGGUCACCACCAGCUUUCAUGGCAAAGUACAAAAAAUUUAAAGUAAAUUUAAAGAAGGACGAAUAUUUUCCAAUCUCUGCUGGAUUGCGUACUUAUGGACGGGCCGAGUUUGAAGUCGAAAAAAAAAAAAAAAAAAAAAAAACGCUGGGAAAGAGCUAAGCUAUCAUACACUGAAGGAUUUAUUAUACAACCAAAAUUUUACGCAAUUUUGAGAGAAAAAUUAAAAGCGUAAAUCUAGCUCACAGGGUCAGCCUUAAAGCAAUUUGAUUGAAUUUUGUUAAAAAGAAGCAUGCAAGGAGGUAUUUUGGAAGGUAACUUUGUCCAGGGUUCAAAAGAGUAACCGAAGGCAUUUGGGCAUUUUCUUUAAGCUUGCCAAUUAUCAAACGAUUACAGGAAGCUUUGCAAACAGUUAUACAUGUGAAGAUAUCGUUCGUGAAGAAAAGCAGGAAUAAGAUAAUUUUCUGAGUGUGAUACGUAUUCAGUUUACUCUAGGAAAUAGAUCGGGAAAUAGAUAGUCACUAGCUAUGAAGUCGGCCUUUACAGUCGAAAUUCCUUACAUUUAUCGAGCUAUAUUCAUAACAGAUUUAAUUCGUGUUCAAAUAAGUGUAUUAUAUGUAUUUUGUAGUUUUUUAAUUUCAUUGAUGCAUUAUCUCAUAAACUUGGACAGAAGGCCAUUGGAUUGUUCGCAACGGUCUUAGUAAAUUUUAUUGCGCUGCCCUCAUUAAAUUUGCAUGAAAGGUAAUGUAUCACUCAAAUAAGGCAACACUAAAAGUGAUGAUCAGCCUGAUCGAGAGAGCCACUUGCUCAGGAUCACAGGAUUCGAAUUCUUGAUUCUUACCAAACGGAUCAUUUUUAUGAAGGCUGACGAAGAUGUCUCCUUUAAACUCUUAGUUUGGACGAUUUAGAAUGGAUCGAACGACCAUAUUUGUGUGGUCAGUAGUAAAGCCCUCGCCGGAAAAACAAUUUUUGACAAUUUUAAAUUUCUGUGAAAUAGCUGAUGCAAAGGAUUCCGAGGAAAAAAAUCUCCUUUGAUUGGAUAAAAUAAAGCUAAAAGACUACAAAAGCUUUAUUCAAGGGUAUUAACGUGCGAGCUUUUUCUUCCUUCGUUGUUAUUUUGUCGACACUUUUAGGUUCUUGUAGAAUAAUUCUUACGUGCCCGUUCAGUCGUUAAGUUUUUAAAAAUAUGUUACGUUGUUACUGACCCUAAGUACAAGAAUAAGAUUCCUCUCUAAAAGCUUAAAAGGAUCAUGAGCCAUAUAGUGUAAAUGCUACAUAUUUCACGCCACAACAUGAAUGCACGUUUAAUCUAACUCCCAGACAGACAAAUAUUUAGAUGUAAAGGUGCAUAGAUGUGUAAAUGUGAUUCGACUGAAAAUAAAUAAUUAAUACAAAUAUCUAAGUACACAUAUAACAACUACAAGAAUAACGACAAAGCUACAUUAAAUAGAAGCGAACCUACAAUUUGUGGCGUAACCAGGUGAGGCAGUAAAAACUCUUAAACAAAGAGAACACGGCGCUCGAAAAAACUAACUAAACGACUGACUUAGUUGAAAUCAACUGGCAAUGAAAAUUAUCUAACGAAAACAACGCUUAUACUGGCGAAAAAUAAAACGCUACCGGCGUUACAUAAUUCCUAUGCAUCCUUACGCAAAAACGUGAACUUUAUUGAAUGGAAACAUAACAUACGCCAGUAGUUCAAAUGAAAGAAAAACAUUAUAGAAUAAUUUCGCAUUACUUGACGAUAAACGAUAAAGUGGGAGUAAGAAAUAAACUUAUAUUGAAAAGUUUGCAAUCGGUUCAGCUAAGAUUAUAUUUAUUUAUUGAAAUGGUUAAGUUCAGAUAAAUAUGUCAAGUAACCGAAGACAGCUUUUUUAGCCAAUUAUCAAUCAACCAAUCAAUCAAUCAAUUUAUUUAACGUGGUCAGAACGCUUAGCUAAAAACUAGUUUACAGGUACGCCACGAAAUAAAAAGAGAAAAGGAAAUUAUAAAGCCUUGUGAAGGUAUAUAAAUUUAAAUAAGUUAAGAUUAAGAACUAACUAAUAUUAAAAUAUAAAAAUUUAACAAUGUAGUCACCAAGUAAAAUUUAUAAAAUGUAAUCAUUAAAAAAACAGUAAAUAUAAUCAAUGAUAGAUCCUCACCGCACUUGAGAUCUAAUGUUUUUAAGUAAUUUUUAAAAGUAGUAAAUGUUUGUAUCUUUCGAGACUCGUCCGGUAAAGCGUUCCAUAAUUUCGAUGCAGCAUAUCUCCAUGAUCUUAACCCGAAGGUUGUUGAUUUUACUUUUGGGAGGUCCAGUAUUGUGGUGCCCCUAAGGUUAUAAGUGGAGCACCUUACUGUUAUAAGAUCACGUAAGCUUUUUGGACCUGCAUCACUGGCUAAUAUCUUAAAGAAAGUGGACAAUAUUUUCGCUAAUCGCUGUUCAUGAAGACUUGAGAGACCGAUACGCUUACAAAGUUCCUCAUAAGGCGAGGACUUAUCUCUAAAAACAAAACGGAGCGCACGUUUGUUCACCAACUCUAACUUGUCAGCUGACUUUUUAUUACAGAAGUGCCACGUUUCGGAGCAGUAAUUAAAGUGUGGUAAAAUGAAAGCUUUAUAAAGAUCCCUUCUAGUCUCAAAAGACAACAUUUUCUGCAUCCUUUUUAAUACGGCGACUUUUUGACUGACUUUUCUACAUAUUUUAGUAAUGUGCUUUUCAAAAUUUAAUUUAUCAUCGAUUGUCACGCCAAGAAGUUCCAUUGUGUUGGAUAUGGGAAGUCGUGACUCCUCACACUUAAACACUGGUUCAUCAGUUCCUUUGUGUUUUCCCAACACCAUAGCCUGGUAUUUUGAACUGUUCCUCUUCAUACCAUUACGCGCAAACCAUACAUCAGCACUAAUAAGAUCAUUGUUGAUUGUUUUUUCAACUUUGGAGAGUUGAUUGUCGGCGUAAAAGAUUUGAGUGUCAUCAGCGUAAGUGGACAGAGUGCACUUCUUGAUGACAUAUUGAAGAUCGUUCAUGGAGAUGUUGAACAAUAAAGGGCCGAGGAUGGAUCCCUGUGGUACACCAUUGCAUAUAGGUUGCCACUUGGAAAGCGUAUCCCCCAGUCUCACCCUUUGGAAUCGAUUUGAUAAAUAAUCUUUUAUCAGGGAGGUUGUUGCUUCAUCUGCUCCAUAUUCUUUUAAUUUCAAAACAGUCAGUUCAUGAGGUAAGGUGUCGAAAGUCUUGGACAAGUCCAUAGAGACCAGACCGAUCAAUUUAUUGUUAUCAAUUUCUUUUUUCCAUUGUUCGGUUAGACUAAGAAGUGCUGAGUCGCAGCCGUGAUAUUUCCUAUAAGCAAACACAUAUUUGUGAUAAAUUUCUUCAAAAUACGGGCUUAUUCGGCAAUGAACAAUUUUUUCGAAAAUCUUCGAUAAAGCUGGCAGAAUCGUUAUCGGCCGAUAGUUAGUUUUUAAUAGGCUGCAGUCUUUUUUGAGAAUUGGAGUGACCUCGCCAAGUUUCCACUGUUGUGGUAUUUUAGUUGAAGUUAAAACAUGAUUAAUCAGUGUACUAAGAGGGAAGCAUAAGACAUCCAUCGAUUCUUUAACUGCUAGUGGAGGGAUCCCAUCACAUCCAGAAGCCUUGUUUGGAGCAAGUUUCCUCAUUACCUCGUAAACUUCUGUUGGAUUAGUGUUGCUUAGCGACACAUUCGGCCUGCUUAUUAAGUUAUUUGAUAUGUGCGAUAGAUCUACUAGAUAGCUGUUUUGAUUUUGUUCUUUGGUACUUUGAGUACGGCUUGUGAAGAAAUUAUUUAAUGCCUCGGUCACCUCUUGACGAUUCCUGAUGAUUUUGUCACCCUCCUUUAAUGUUAUUCCGCUAUUGUCUACAUUCUUCCGGGAAUUAACACAAGGCUUGAUGGCACGCCAAAACUUCUUUUGAUCUGCAUAUUUUUCCGAACACAGCUUCUCAAAAUGUCUACGUAUAGAUUUUCUUCUCAUGCUAACUACUUUGUUGCGCACUAGACGGUAGCUCUCCCAAUCACACUGAUUACGUGAUCUAUUAAAUUUUUUUUUAAGCCGUUUUCGUUCCACCAUUUCUCUCCGAAUUUCAGGAGUGAUAAACUUCGAUUCUACUGAAGAUCGUCGUUUGAAAGAUCGCAUAACGUCUCCCAGCACCAGUAAACAUCGUCUAUAUCAUCAAAAACGUAUGCAGCAUGAAAAGGAAGUCGACUGAGAUCUUUCUGAAAAUCAUCUCGGUUAAAGGUCUUGAAUAUCCGUUUCUUGACGACUUCGGCAUUAGCAUGUAACAUUUUAGUUUUGAGAACCGUGUAGCAGAUGAUCACUGAUUCCUGUUUCGAUAGCGCCAGACGAUUUCAUAAACAUGGGCACAUUUGAAAGAAUAACAUCCAGGCAAGAAGCUCUAGUUGUUGAAAUUCUUGGUCGAGGUCAUAGAGGUCGAGGUCAUAGAUAUCGCAAAUAUCCAAAAGGCAUUUGCCCUGGUUAUUAUUCAUAAACAGAUGAAUUCUGUUACAAUUUAGAUCACCAAGACGAAUCACGUUUACGCAGAGAGAUAUCGCUUGAUCCAGGACUGUAGUCAAUUCAGUUCUGAAAGUAGCAUUGUUAACAGAAGGAGGCUUGUAGGCACUGACUAAAGCAAAGCGUCUUUUUCCGAUGUGUAGAUCGAAUAAGAGUGAUUCCACUGAUGUUGUAAUGCCUUUCUUACAUGUUACGGCGAUGUUUUCGCGAAUAAAGACGGCAAGACCGCCACCACCUUUCGUCCUGUCACGGCGAAAUAACUUGUACCCGUCAACAUAAAAUUGAGAGUUAGGAAAGGAUCGAUCGAUCUUAGUUUCCUGUAUGGAUGUAUGUCGAAGGCUCUGUUCGUUAGCCACUCCUUGAUCUCCUCAAAUUUGCUUGGUAAACUGUUUACAUUUAGGUUUGCUAUAAUGCAUUCCUUGCGAUUUUCGUUUCUAAUUAACUUCAUGUCCGAAGGUUGUGAACUAAGGUCCAGCUCAGUGUCGCUCGCGCUUUCAUGCGUGGAACUAUUCAAGGUGGAAAAGAAUGAAUCGCUAAACUUCGACAAGGCACAGAAAGAGCAUAUCCAGUCGACAGAUGGAUUGUUAAGAUAGUACUGAAAGGUCCAGUUCGACAUAUUCAGACAUCUUGCAUGCGACCAGAUGUUACACUCAGAACAUAAAAUGGCGUCUUGAUUGCUUCUUACGGAUUUAGAACAUUCACCACAAGGAUAUUUCGUAGGCUUCCUUCUCGGACCAGGGUUAGGUGAAACAUCUCCAGAAAUCAACAAUCUUUGCGCUUGAAAUGUACCUACACCAGUAGCAGUGUAUAAUAAUCUUCCUCGAUUAACACGCCUCGAUGCGAGCUUGAAAGGUAGUUUAUAGUAAGCACUUGACGUUGUUAAGUGGAGUGAAAUAACCAGUCGCGUACAGCGUUCGGGAUGCAUAAAACUGCAGUUUGAUGACUCACGAAAUUCUCGUAGAAGUACGACAAGGAAUAAAAGACACAAUAAUGUGCCGCCCAUACGGACGUGUCUGACCGCCAUGAUGGCCUGGUUGUGAAAUUGAAGCCUUAAACUAGAAUGUUCCAUGGAAAGAUCUGAUGGGCUUGUGUCUUGUAAAAAUAAUUCGAAACUUUCACACCGAGUCAUGUAUUAGUGCCUUGUUCAUAAAUUAAUGAAUAAUCCACAAACAGAGCAGCCCUGGAAAUGAAAUGCCAACUGAAGUAUUUUGUAACGCUGUGCUUGUCAGCCGAUCAAUACUGGAAUAUUUCUUCAGUAAUAAAUUGUGGACAUUUGAGCAGUUCAGGUAUUGAUUUGAACGUUCCCUAUUUUAUGUUGUGAAAAAAGAAUUCAGUAGCCACCUUGAAUUAGUUUGUCAAAAAAAGAUAAUUCUGUCAAUGCCUAUAAGCUCCCUUUCGUUGGUUAUUCAGAUUGUUUCCUUUCUCACUAUUUUAGAAAACGUUCUACAUCUGCCUUGUUCUCUUGAGAACCCUUAUUAUAACUCUUCUCUGGUCUAUGCUCAUUUUGGCGCGAAAGCGUGGGUGACGCAUUUCCGCUCCAGAUCCCGAGAAAACUAAUUACACCGAAGCGCACCUUGUGCUUGAAAUGGAAGACAUCAUGAGCCAUGAUUUGGCAGGAAUAUUGACAUUCACGACCGUUCGACAGCGUCUGGGGAUUAGCAGAGAAUAGCUUAAUCAAUCUCUAAAACGCUUUGCCCACUGGAUAUAAAACUGAAGCAGUUUUUUCCCUCUCUCCUGGUCCAGAAAGCAGCCAUCUUUGCUGUUAGGCCAAAUAUCGUGUUGCUCUAUUGAAAUUCCUCACGCCCUGAAGGUUAGCUCAAACGAGACAAAACUGUUUUCACUCCGACAUAGCUCAUACCAUUCUGCUCCUCAGAAUAGGAAAAAACCCCUAAAUGCGUUGUGAGUCAUUAGCCGAACUGUUUAAACGACUGGCAAGGAUGCGAAAAGUUGAAACAACUUUGGAAAUCGAGACCCUCUUAUGAUUUAGAUAUUUUCUUUCUUUGUUUGGUAAAUAAACUUUUUAACAGAUGACGAUUUUAAAUUCGUCAUCUGUUAAAAAGUUUAUCGAUGCCUCAGAAUUCGUGUUUUGUUUAACCUUUAUUCUAAUGCAGGCUUGAUGAUCGAAGUUACAAAUUAAGCAGACCAAGAAAAUUAAUUUCGCGAUUGUCUGAGCGGGAGUAUCUUACGGACCUCCUUUAAAUAAACCUUGAAAGACGAUGAAAAAACACCUAAAAUUGCUAUACAUGCGUUGUGAGUCAUUAGCCGAACUGUUUUAAUCGACUGGCAAGGAUGCGAAAAGUUGAAACAACUUUGGAAAUCGAGACCCUUUUAUGAUUUAGAUAUUUUUUUUCUUUGUUUGGUAAAUAAACUCCAUACAGUUUAAAAAGCUAUAAAAAGCUAGUCGACGACGUUUCAACGUUAUGGUAAGGUCAUCAUAAAGUCAAAAAAUUACAAAUUAUCAGGCUAUAAAUAGUAAAAACAACAAUAGGCACUAUUGACAACGUUUAAAAAAUAAAUAACUUAAAGAUAAACAAGUUUUUUUUCUAAUGUACUAUAUUAGUUGUAGAACUAUUUUAUCGCAAUCUUCUCUAGCGAAAUGUUUUCUAUCACGCUUCCUCUUCGUUUACUCAAUUAUUUACCACGAUCUUCAACUGCUAUUGCCGCAGUCUCGCGGUCGUCUAAAACAUGAAAAUAGCUGAAUUACCAUCGUCAAGCUCUCCAGCGCUAAUUUCUAUAAAUAUUUUCCCACAUUUUUACUACUCCUGAUGAAAACAAAAGCGAGCGAGGAGUGCGGUCAUUCACGUACACUCCGCUUGGGGCGCAAAAACAUAUAAAGAUCGUUUUGUUCCACAAUAUUUCCUUUACCGUGUCAUCCACGUGUAGGUCCUAACACUUUAACAAAAUGAAAGAAAAUGCCUAAGGUGACGGGGUUCACACUCUUUUAACUUGUCCCCGAAAACAGGCGAUGGCGACUGCAGGAUCAGCUGUAUCGAGCGGAGAAAGGAAGUGGGAGGAAUUUAGACAAACAGCAGAGAAAGUUAAAAGGGAAUUGGUCAACAAAGUUCAGUGCUUAACUAAAGCAUUGAAAGAGGGUGAAGAGGUAUGUGAUGAGUACUUUAAGAAGUACGGCAGUGAACAUCUUCUUACAUCAGACACAACUAAGCAGCCGCAGAAUGACUUAAAGCAAAUGGUAGACGCCUUGGAAGAAAACCUACAAACGGCAGUAUCUGAUGAUGUAACCAUUGUAUUUGUGGGACGUACAAGCAGUGGAAAAUCAUCCUUGAUAAACGCCUUACUUCGAGACGAUCGUCUUCCAACUGGAUCAUAUACAUCAACGAUGUGCAUCUUUAAAGUUCGUCCUACUCAUGAUAAACUUUGGAGCGUUAUUGACACAGGUAAUGGAACCAUACUAUCCAAAGGAAGGGACAAAGAACAAGUAAAGAAAUAUUUAGAUGCACUGGUUGAUAAGGACAGCAAGAAAAAGAGGGAAAAGGAAAAUAUCAGCUGUGACAGUGUCAUACAAGUAAAUUGGCCUCGUGACCUCUGCAAUCUACCAGAAGAUAUCGUCUUGGUAGAUACACCCGGUUUAGAGGAGAGUGUCGAAACCAGCAAAGCUACCGCUAACAUCCGCACGAAGGCAGAUCUAAUUGUGGGUGUGAUGAAUUUAGAGUCACCUUCCGUUGAAAAUGUAAGUACUGUAUACACGGUUCAGAACUUAGAUGGGAUAGCAUAAUAGUCUUUUGGUACGGGGGCGGUUAAAACUGAUUAUUGUGCGUUGCUUAUUGACCUUACAUCGAUCAUUUUGAUUGUUUUUGGAAUUCGUUUGGAGAGAUGAAAAGAGGUGGAUACAUCGAGAGACUGCUUGAGUUUUUAAAUCGCUAAAACUAUUAGUGUAUCUUUUUGGAUCUUUUUAUUAUCUUCAGGCAAUGAACUUUAAAGGAAUAAGAACAGAGGUGUUUUCUAAGCCACUAGCGAUUCUAGUCCAUCAAAAGCUUGGCUAAAGUAAAGGCAGAACAUAUGAGCUGGAGAUUUUUUUCGCUGUUUAAUUGAUAGCGCUCUCGGCUCGAUCUACCAAAAUUUAUAAUAAAGUUAGGAUGUAACGCGCGCUGUCAUUGGUUGAAAGAGCGUGCUCUAUGAGAGUAUAGAGCAUAGAGCUGAGCUAAAGCUGUCACGUCAUCUGCCAAUUGUACUGUGUUCGAGCUUUUCCGGGACUUCUUUUUAGCUUUUUUCCGAUAAUUGAAAGUGAAAUUUCGGAACUGAAGCGAGCUGGCAAGUAGCAACAGAAGAAUCAAACAAAGGUUUGUAAACAUACCAGGCGCCGUAAUUUACGUUAUUAAAACGUGAGUAGCUACGAAAAUCCUCAAAGGAAAAACAAAAUAAACAUUCUGAGUUUUAAAGAUUUCCACGCUCAGUUAGAUUGCAAGCUUACGUACGGUAAUAAAAAUCAAACAUAGCUAACACUCGUAUAGUAUCUAAAGUUCAGUGAAAUGAUGAAAAAUAUAACCAAAUUGGCAUAAUUGUUAAAAUUCAUACUAAUCAUGACGGUGUCUGAGCGAAUAUGAUCAUACUGAAGUUCAUCGCGGCUCUUUCAUCAUGGUGAUCUCCGGUCGUCACAGUAAAGCAAGCCUCAGAAACUACAUAGGCCGCCCUUCAAGUAAAAAAAAAAAGAGCUUGCUCUGAUAUCCUUUCCGAUACGUUGAGUGGAAAGUCACAUCAAUCACUGCAGCAGAGUUUUGCGGCGCUGUCAUCACGAGCGAUCUUCAUGUUCUGCUAAAUUCGGCUGUUUUUCAUUCAAAAAACACUCGCCUUGAACAGUUAGUUUUCUACCUUGUCAUGUGAAAAAACUCGCGCGUUUUUAUGAGCUAUAAUUCGGCUGAAGUUCACUGAACAUUUCGCUUAAAGAUUCUGUAUUAGAGACUAAAAAUUCAGGCAAAAGUGUUAAGUUCGACUUGCCGAACUAUUUUAGUUUGUGAACAAUCGUAGAAUGUGAAUUUUGAUGGUUUUUGAACUUUGAUGGUUUAACACUUUUGACAGCUUUAGUCUUGUACAGCCAAUCAGAUUAUUUGAACCAUUCUAAUACUAAUCUAAUAAUACUCUUUAUGAGAGUAUAGAACAUGCUGACGACACUGUUGUUCGCUUUGGAAACAAAGUUGUUUGGAAAAUUGAAAGUAAUGCUUGAGGAAUUUUAACGGAUCCUUUAUUAUAAAACAAAUAGAGAAGCCUUGACUGUGCUCUGUUCUGUUAUAAAGCACUCAAGAAGUGGGAAGAAACACUCGACUACGUCUCGUGUUUCUCCCUACACUUCUUUCGUGCUCUAGCCUCUUCCUGCGUGCUUUAUAACAGAACAGAGCACAGUCAAGGCUUCUCUAUUUGUUAAAUAAUACCAAAAAAACACAAACAAGCAAAACAAUAAAAGGAGUUGUUCGUUACAUCAUUUUAUUUCGCUUUGAAGAUAAAAGACGUGCUAAACGAGAAAGAAUUCCAGUUCAAGUUUGGCGUCUUUACAAGAUGGGAUCAAGACAUUCCAGAAACCGAUAAACCGAAGCGGCAACAAGCACGUGAACAGCACAAAGAGGAAUUCGAAACAUCAGUGAAAGGCGAGAAAGGAGUUUAUUUCGUUGAAGCAAAGAAUGCCACAGUAGCAAUGGUAAGUUUUUUAUUUGUUUAUUCUAGCAAUCUAAUCGGAGCAACCUGCAAUCGGAGAAUAAGGCAAAUCGAGAUACUGGAGGUGGCAGACGGCUACAACUUGUAAAAUCAAAUUGAAGAAGGAGAUGCCCUCAAAGAGGUGAAGGAAUUCUGCAUAGACAACAACUGCCAACGAUUACAUUAACUAAUGUUAAUUUAAGCAUAACUUAGACACAACGCGCGCUCUGAUUGGUCAAAAAUCUCUUGUAUAUUUGUAGUAGAUAUAUUUACACCCGUUUUCAAAAACGUUGCGCACUGAAAAUUUAUACUACAUUUAUAUGCUUCUCUUUUUUCUCAUCAAAAAGUCUCCUUUUGACAAGAAGAGAAAAAGUAUAUAGUGCUUGAUUACAACCCUGCCCUCCUUACACAUGAUAAGUUCGCUGUCAGAGCUAUUAGGAAAUUUUCCGCCAAAAAUCAAUUUUUCCUGUAUAUCAGAGGACCAAAAACCUCAAAUGGCGAAAAUACAUAGCUUCGUCAUGAAUGGCAAGGUGUUUUGUCUUAACUUAAUUAGCUACUAUAGGAAAUACGGUUCUUGGAUCUAAACUCCCGCCUUCGGUUAAGGCCAAGAGGGUAAAGCAUAAACAAUUGGGCAGUGCGAUGCGCCUUCCUCGCUAGAAGUAAUCGAUCAAUAUGACCGGCGUCCUCCUGGCUAGUGAUUUUUUUAGGAAGGGUGUCAAUUGGGUGAUGGCUAUUAGGGCUGACAGUUAAGAAUUGGCCAUUGGCUAACGGUCAUAUCAUUCCAUUUUUGUCACCUGGAUUUUUUUUACGCUUAACCUUCUUAGGUCUAUCGGUUACAAUUUGUAGAUUUCUACUCCUAACAGCUAAUUUUUUUUCCGUUUUACGGCUAUCGAUUAAUCCCAUUGAGUAAACAAUGACGCUGAUUUGGGAAAUGUCAUGUUCAAGACGGAUGGACGCUAGGUCAUUUAUUUUCUUGUUAUCGGUGGCAAGUGGUUAAGAAAACGGACUUUAAACUCCGUUGCCGUAAAACCCACGUAUUUGUAACUAAUUAAUUGCACCAGGCCAUUCAAAUAACAUACGAGCAUUGUUAAUCUAUGAUUGAACUUAUACAUACGGCCAGUGCAAAAACAAAGUCUUGGAUCCAAAAAUUCUCGCGUAAAUCGCAUAUCGUAGAGUAUUUUAAAAAUAUUCUCGAUAUUACGAAAACUGCGUUACUUUCUUAUAACUGUCUUUGUAGGAGACGGCAGAAAGAAAUUUAGGAAGGGAGGAGUUUCUAAGGUUUGAGAGAGAUCUGGCGGAGAAAGCAAAAUCUGUUAAAGCACGAAAAGGUAUUGUUCUCAUAGAGCAAGCUAAACAUGUCGCUUCAAAAUACGCCGAAGACUUCGAAAAAUCUAAACGCGUCAUUGAUGAUAACCAAAAAGAGAGAGAAGACCGUCUGAAAAUUCUGGAGAACAAAAUCAGCACCAUGGAGAAAGAUCACGAUUCCCUUGAUACAGUGCGCCAGGAAGUGAAACAUCUUGAUAAACUGAUACGUGACCUUCUCUCUGAUGAAAAGAUUGAUCGGUUGAUAAAAGAACUAGGCGAAAAGAUCAAUGAUUGUGACAGCGAGGAAAGUGAAAAUCUGGUUGUUAGCAAUUUUUUUGGAACUAACAACUGUGUAAUCAGUGCAACUUUACAACAACAAAUUCUAAAGGUAAACGUCGAGUAUCAGGUGUGGAAAAAGGCUCUAGGAGACGAUUAUGGAUGUUCACAACGUACCCCACCAUCCUAUGAAGUUAAACAGUUGGAAAAAACUGAAGAUUACGGCUACAACAGUAGCGAAGAUCCUCACGCCUAUGUUACAAGCAACAACCUAUGGGCGGUCAUGCUUGGUCUUGCAACUGCCACAGCGGCUGCCGCAGCGGUAACCGCCGCGACUGUAGCAGGACCAACAGCAGGUGUAGGUGCUGGUAAGUGAUACUAUAAGUUACUGCGCUUAGGUAUCUUAAAUACCGUCAAACUCUCAUUAUAAAUACCUCACCAUACUUCCACAGGGCAUCGCUUGCUAUCUGAACGCUUACUGUUGCUUUAGUUCAAUGCCGAAUAUUUCCAAACUCCUGGGACAACUGCACGCCCACGUGAUCAACAUGACAAACGCACUCUAUUGUCAUGGUUUCAUUUCACCAUUAAGAUGAAAUAUUCGCGUCCGCCCUUUGUGGGUUUUAAAACGGCGAGCCGAACCCUCAACCCCCCUACAAGAACAACCUGAACCACCAUUGCCACAACCAUGACCACCACUACCACAAGCAGCACCACAACUACCACCACCACUACCACAACAUCCACUACCAGCACCAUAGCAACAACCACAACUAUCACCACCACCACCACCACCACUACCACUACCAGAGUUACCAGCUCACCACUACCACUACCACUACCAGGACCACCACCGCUACCAACACCAUCACUUCCAGCACUUCCACUACCACGCCUUCCACAAAAACCAGUGCCAAAACCAGCACCAACACAGCACCACCAUAACUACCACAAUAGCCAUAACAACCACCACUACCUCUUGUACCACUACUUUUAUUAUUAAUACCAUUACUACUUCUGAUAAUGAUUCUAGCGACAAAAAAUAUAAAAUUAUCGUUUAAAAUAUUAUUAUCAUUCUUACCAUUAUUAUCAUAAAAAGAUCAAACGAUUUCUAAUGGAGUAAAAUACAUAAUCUGAAAUUUUAGGAAUUAAAAGAAAUAUAAAAACAAUCUCUCCCAAACGUUCUCGAUAAAAUAUUUGAUACCAAGUGGAGACGAACGAGAUCGGACUGACUCCUGUACCAUUAAAUCUAAAAGUAUUUAGGACUUCCUUUGCGUCACGAAAUAUCAUUCUAGAGCCUCUUACACUCAUAUGAACAGAUCUCAAAUCUCAAAUGAUGAAAGUUCUUAGCCAUGGAUAUCUUCUGCACAGGUCUCCACGUCCAACAUGCGUUAGUGAUAUUACCCCUUCUUCUCGUUCUCUGCCGUUGGCUUUUCUGGUUACUCUUUCAGUUAACAUGUGUUACACAUGCAUACAUCAAUUGAUGCUAUAGCAUCUAAUAUGACUAUACAAUCAGCCAGCAUUUUUGAUCAAUUAACCAGUUUACCAACUUCUUUCCCUAUUCAAGUGCUUAUACCAGCUUUAAAGCUCCCAAGCCAUACUAAUUUGACACCUGGAGUAUACUUUCUCAAGGUCUGGUUCACGAUGAGGAUGAUAAUAUCCAGGCUAGGAUAGUGACGAUAGUACUAAAGAUGCAAUAGUAUUCCUUGGCCACUGUAUAUGAUCGCGAACAAAAGAAGAAUAUUGUUUUAUGAAAAGACCACAUGUAUCGUGCUCCCUUUACAGGCUUUGGAUAUUUGGGAAAUGUUUAUUUGGGAUAAUUUAUGGGUGCAUUGUUCUGAAGAACAUGAUUGUAUAUAUAACUUUUGAUUGAGCUAAAUGGAGGAUGUAAGAGGAAAAAACUAAAAAACUGAUCAAUUUUCUUAUGAUAGGAUGGUUAUUAUUUUGUUAUUACAGCGGUUGCCGUAGCACUAGAGACGGCAGGAUUAUCUAUCGGCGGAAAAACACUUGCCGCGGCAGUUGGAGGCUUGGGAUUCGGAACUUCUCUGGGUUUUUCAAAGUUGAUGGAAAAGGUUGGAGGUCUCGGAGUCGGACAAGGAAUAAGAAAGUUUCUUGGGCCGAGUAAAAAGAAGAAGGAUACACUUGAAAAGCACAUGAGGGAAUCAUUGCAAAAAUUGAGAGCACACUUUGAAAAAUUCGAAGUAGCAGCAUCAGAUAUUGUAAAACAGAGCUCUGCCUCAAUCUCGUCCCACAUAAAAAUCGAAACAAAUAGGUCGUCUGAAGAAAUGUCAGCGCUGAAAGAGGAAUUACAACAACUAAAAAACUGGUCACAGAAACUUCGUGAAAUCACAGAUCGCCUGCAGGCUGUCCGGAAAGAACUUUACGAGCUAAAGCAUGGGUAAGUAUUGCGAUCAAGAAUGGCCCACCAUGUCAACUUGACAUAAAGCGGUUUUAUCCCAUCGGGAAGUUUAGAUUAAAAAAAAUUGUCAGGAAUUUCUCGAGUUUAAAUUAUCAAACUCGCAGUUGUCUCUGUCAAGUUGCUAGAUCGCGCAAGCCAAGAUUUUUUCUUUUAGUUAAAAUUAUGAAAAAAGAGAAAUUCUGGCAACAGCCAGUCGCCAGAUAUUAGUAAAGUUCUGAUGAGUGGUAACAUAUGGUCGGCUGUUAAUUUUGAAUAUGCUUAUGCUUGGUGUCGUUGGGAAUGAGAGGGUAAGCCACAUUGACUUUUAUACAUAUCCAUUCGAUUGUUCGGUCAGUUACACGGCUUACGACAAAUUUUCUUUCUUUGCUACAUUGAGUAGAAGUGAUUUCAACCACGGUCUUACAAAGAGUUCUUUUUAAACCUAUCGCUUUAGUUCAGCUAAAUCCUCCUGUUUUUUUUUGUUCAAUCGCACCACUCGAUAUUUUUUUCCCGACCUCACCAAAAGCAAAACGUACUAAUAGAAAAGACAAAACCCACGGGCGAAUGUUACUUGACCAAAUUUGUCUUAAGGAUAUUUUAGCCAUCAGUGGAAGGUAAAAACAUGCAUGCAUAUUCUCUAAAAAAACGUGAAUCAUUGCCGGAACACUAUCUAGUUUUUUUUAAGUGAACAUCUGGGUGAUCUACUCGUUUAUCCAAGAGUUUCAGGUCUGAGAUAUAUAUAUAUAUAUAUAUAUUACUUUCAAUUGUGUUCUACAGGUUGAAAGUCAACGACACAGUUCCUUCCGAUGACCAGACAGAAAACCAGUCAUCCGUCCAAACAGCUCUAUACGAGCCCUACACUGUAAUUCAGAAGUAAUCCAUGUUCCCCUGCAACACAUCAUCGUAAUAUUACCGUAAAAUGACUGAAUUUAAUUCAAAUUAAGUGUUCCUGUUAAUGGUCAAUCAAGAAAAUGACCAGUAGAGCGCACAUCCUUCGUCACCGAACAAAGCCAUUAAGACUUUAUUAUAUACGUUAUCAUAUUUUAAACUUCGUUGGGCUCGUCAAAGUUGACGGCUCAUUUCGUUUGGUAUUCAUUACUAGUUUCAAGGUAAUAUGCAGAGAUAGAAUGAUAUAUUUUCUGCAGGAACACCAAUACUUGGUCAGCAUAACUGUGUUUUGUAAAUGACAAAUCCAUGUUUUUAAUUUUGAUAUGUAAGUUGAUCGUAAUGCCUUCUUAUAAGAGACAGUUGCCUUCAUCAAUUUUGAAUUCUUGGACCCAUUUCGUAUCAUCCCUCACAUGCCGCUGCUACGAAUUGGAUUUAAAGCUCUGACUCUUACUAUUCAUGAAAGGCAUUAGGCAAAUUCUGUGGGCGGUUUGCUUAAACAAAACUUCGUUUUUCGCAAACACUUACUAACUUCCCUGUCUGUUAUUAGGUCAAGAUAUAUCGAAGAGAAGGGCAUUUAAGUAAGCAUACUGCUUGUUCAUCACCUUUUGGAUGAAGAAAAAGAUAUUUGAGCUAUUUUUAACCUUGAAAAAUUCGCGAUAAGAUGAAAAGAUUGAGAUUUUUGGAGUUGGGAGAUUACUGCGACUAAAAUUUACUUCUUUACAUUAGCAAAAGCAAAGCAGCAGAACGUAUUAACCGUCCGGUUUACAUUUUCCAAGCUACAUUAAACUCCAAGAAAAGUAUAAACAUAUAACCCUAAAGGCGAAUUCAGUACUUGAUUUUAUACAAAUACAUAAUGUGUAUGAAAUAUAUGAUUAGUAUGUAUAUGAUACAUGUAUUUCGUCUGUUUUGUUUUGUUUUGUUUUUUGUUUUUCUAUCUUCUUCGGCCAUAGUUUUGACUUGCUUACCAAACAGCGACUACAUAACAUUACAAAAUUAAAACUAAGGAUCUCUUGAAUUAAUAACAUUGUUAUUUUGUUCUUGAACUUGUUAAAAUCUACUUAAGCGCGAAUAAAACCAUACACCCUAAGUUGGCUGUAUACGUCAAUAACCAGUUAAAUGAUUGCCAAUGUCUAUUUUUUGAGAGAAACUGCACGAGUUUGAUAUCAAAAUAAUUAUUUUCAAUUCGAGAUUCUCUCUUUUCUUAAUGCGUGGAAUAGUUACUUAGAAGCAGCACUUUGAAAAUUAGAUUUGGCGCGGUUUUCAGCCUGAAUGGAAAUGACCAACUUGAUAUAUAAUUAUGCUAAUAUCGUUUUGUUUAAAGAAACAAUUUACCCCUUUUCCAAAGGUACUUCUAAUUAAGAACUAAGCAAUUUUUUUUAGUCCUGACAAUUUUGACGCUGUUUCUCAUUGGAAUUUCUAGAAUCACUUAUUCAUUAGCACGACUGGGUUUCUUUGUGCUGCUCGUACUGAAGCCAUGCCAAACCACCAUGAGCACUCAGCAAGUUCUUAGUAACCUGAGCCUCACUGUGCAAAGUAUUUACCUUUUUUCAGUUGGCUGUCACUGUCUAGCUUUAGUUGGAUACAAAUUGGAACACUUUUAAAUAUGCUAAGAAAAAUAGAAAUGGUAAAAUCUUUUGACCGCGAAGACAGACACCGAAAGUACUUGUAAAAUGCUACUAGUCUAAGCCAUAUUAAAGAUAUCCCAAUGAUUACUUUCUUUGGCUUCUGACAUCAGUGAUGCAACGUCGGUUUUACGACACACAUGUACCG